AUGAUGCAACCGCGAUUCCCCGUUUCCAGAUUUAAUCCGGCGUUACCUCCUCCUGGUAUGCGUCCAGCUCAGAUAUCUAUGCCAAUGACUACUCUUCCGCCACCUGGCUAUAAUUCUAUGUUGCCUCCACCAGGAUUUACUCAGAAUCGAUUCCCUUCAAGUACAUCAUCAGGUUCGCUCGGAGCUCGUCCACCUCCUUUGAUGAGCCGAGAUUUUGAGCCAAUAUUGAAAAGAGAGCCAGCUGAUUUCGAUGAGAGUGAGGACGACCGAAGGCGGCAUAAGAGGCGCAGUCGAUCCAGAACGCCAACUAAGCGAGAUUCAAGAAGAAGUCGUGACAUUGGUCGAGAACGUGAACGUGAUGAGCGGCGUGAUCGCGACAAAGAACGUGACAAGGAGCGAGAGAAGGACCGCGACAAGGAUAGAGACAAGGACCGAGAAAAGGAGCGCGAUCGUGAGAGGGAAAGAGAUCGUGAACGAUCGGAACGCUCCGAACGAAGCAGUAGGCGGCAUCGGUCACGGAGCGGUAGCACUGAAGGUCGUAAACGUCGCGAUGAUCGUGAAAAGGAGAAGAAACGGGACCGAAGGGAUGAGGACAGCGACAGAAAACGAAGGCGGCAUGACAAGGACAAAGAUGAUGAUGGAGACCGUCGCGACAGGCGAAGUGACGAUCGCGAUAGGCGAGAAAAGCGAUCGCGACGCGACGAUCGUGCCGAAAAAGAAGACCGGGAAGAUAGAGAUAAGGACAAAGACAAGGAGAAGGAUAAAGAGGACCGUGAUCGCGAAAGCCGCCCUCUCGCAGAGGUGAAGCAGGAGGAGCCUGAGGUUGGUGGCGAAGAACCACCACCACCUGGAGUCGAUGUGGAAGCGAGCGCAUAG